UAAAGAAGGAAAAAAACUAAGUAGCGUUUAUAGCAAACUGCAAAGUAGCAAAUUGUUCUGCGACCUGUGUUUAGGUCUUAGGCUGGUGUUUUAACUGUUCCGCUCUAUUACCAGCGUCAAAACAUUAAAAGUUUUUAAAAAAUAAUUUAACAUUGUCAUGGGAAUUACAGGACUAGCUAAACUCAUAGCGGACGUGGCUCCGAACGCUAUAAGAGAAAAUGAAAUCAAAAACCAUUUUGGUAGAAAAAUUGCUAUUGACGCUUCCAUGAGUCUUUAUCAGUUCUUAAUAGCAGUACGCAGUGAGGGAGCACAAUUAACUUCUGUCGAUGGAGAAACCACCAGUCAUUUAAUGGGAACAUUCUAUCGUACUAUAAGACUAAUAGAGAAUGGCAUCAAGCCAGUAUAUGUAUUUGACGGAAAACCACCUCAAAUGAAGUCAUCUGAACUUGAAAAGCGUACUGAACGGCGAGAAGAAGCUCAGAAAGCUCUAGAAAAAGCAGAAGAAGCAGGUGAUACUACUGAAAUUGAUAAAUUCAGUAAAAGAUUAGUAAAAGUGACAUCGGUCCAUACCAAAGAAUGCAAAGAUCUAUUGAAACUUAUGGGCGUACCUUUUAUUGAAGCUCCGUGUGAAGCAGAAGCCCAAUGUGCUGCAAUGGUCAAAGCAGGAAAAGUGUAUGCUACUGCAACGGAGGACAUGGAUGCUCUGACUUUUGGUUCCCCGGUGUUGUUACGGCAUUUAACAUUUAGUGAAGCGAGAAAAAUGCCAAUUCAAGAAUUCCAGUAUGAUUCUGUAUUAGAAGGAAUGGGGAUGACCAGAAAUGAAUUCAUUGAUUUAUGUAUACUGUUAGGAUGCGAUUAUUGCAAUAGCAUUAAAGGCGUUGGACCUAAAAGAGCUAUAGAAUUAAUGAGACAAUAUAAGUCGCUGGAAAAUAUACUGGAAAACCUCGAUCAAAAAAAAUAUCAAGUGCCUGAAGAUUGGCCUUUCAAAGAAGCUAGGCGAUUAUUCAUAGAGCCCGAAGUUGCUGAUCCAGAAACGAUCGAGUUGAAGUGGACCGAUCCAGACGAAGACGGUCUAGUCGCCUAUUUGUGUGGAGACCGUGCUUUUAGUGAAGAUCGUGUAAGGAAUGGAGCAAAGAAAUUAAUUAAAGCUCGAUCUGGCACAACUCAGGGUAGAUUGGAUUCAUUUUUUACAUUUUCUACAACACCUAAUAAACGCAAGAUGGAACAAGCUAAAGCAGCGGCAGAUGCUAAUAAAAAAUCUAAAAAAGGAAAUACUGGUAAACGUGGUCGUCCAAAGUAGAUAAUAAAAUAGAAUAAAAUUAUAGUUUAUUUAAAUGAAAUGUACAAAAUAAUUAUUUUUUUUACUAUUAUUUUGUUAUUAAUUUUAAAGCUUGAUUGCUCUAAAGACUUAACUAUAGAAAUGUUCAAAAUUGAAUUU